AUGAUUUCCAAGCUUUUUGUGAUUUUACUUUGCUCAUCUCUCAUUUCCGCUUCAGAAGACUUUCAAAAUAAAUUCUUCAGCCUAACUCCUUCAGAAACCUCAUGCACAGAUCCUAAUUCUAUAGAGUGUGCAGUUUCACUGAUAUCCAAUCUUGCUCAAUUACUAUCAGAAUCCAAUUUCUUCACCAUUGAAGAUGAUGCUCAAAUAUCAAACCUCAAAAGCUCAGUCAAUGAUUUCAUGUCAGGCUUAAUAAAAGGUCUUCAAAAAGACCCAACUAAAACCUCCACAUGUGCCACCUCCAUAGCAACUGCAAAUACAGCACUCACAACUUGCAUUGAUAACUUCAGCAUCGCAUUAACCAAAAUUUGUAACACUAUCUACAAUCUGAACGACUUCAUCAACAAAUUUACAGCAAGCUAUGACUUAUGCGCAUUUCAAACGCUAAUUGACCUUAUCCAAAGUUUGGAUACUCAAAAAGGAUUUUCGCAGCUAUUGGUUCACUAUGGAGUUAAUUAUAACACUAUAAACUUGACCUUUGAAGAUUUCAUUAUAAGAAUGCAAUACGGCGAUUUUGAAGCGCAAGGAGAAGAUAUUGGAAAAAUUAUCAGACUAUUGUCUGGGUGGAGCAUUUAA